AUGGAAGCAGAUCCAUUACCGAGUGCUAAUAACACGAAUUGCGAGUCAGAGGAAUGUAUAUCAGUACAAUCAUUAGAGUCAGAGGUACCUAAGUCCUUAGUUGAAGAAUUUGAGCAGAAGUUACAGGUUGGUCAAAAAAUUACCAGUCUUGAAGAUGCAUAUUUAUUAUACUGUGAGUAUGGACGUAUUAAAGGUUUUAGUGUGAGAAAAGGAAAACAAUCAUAUUUUCACGACAAUAGCAACGAACUUUAUAUGAAGGAAUUUGAAUGUUCCUGUAAAGGAACAAAAGAUGAAAAAUGUAGUUCUAAUGGUAAACAGUCAGCCUACUUGAAGAUGGAAACUAGAUUUGGUUGUGCUGCAAGACUUAGAAUUGGAAGGAAAAAAAAUGAAGAAUGGAAAGUGACUAUUUUUUAUAUUGAUCAUAACCAUGACAUGGUUGCACCUGAUCAAAGUUAUAUGUUACGAUCAGCUCGUAGCAUUUCAUAUGCUAAAGGAAAUACCUUAAAAGCAUUGGUAGAUGCUGGAUUUUCGAUAGCUAAUGCGUAUUCUUACAUGCAAAUAGAAUCGCACGGGAGAGAAAAUGUGGGGUUUCUUAAAAAGGAUGCAUAUGACUAUCUUAAUCGAUUAGCUAAAGAUCACAGACAUGUUGAAGAUGGUGAUGCUGCUGAAUUGAUCCGAUAA